AUGGCAUGGUUUACUGCCCUGAUGGCACAGCAGAAUGACUCAAAGCUCAAUGAGGCGGACGGCAAGUCCGCCAGCGAGCAGAUGUCUGGCUCUUCCGGGCAGGAUGCAUUAGAAAAGGAUGCCGCUGCGGAAAUGGCUGCUCCAUAUGGCACUCGCUCUCGCAACAGACCACGUCCCAAUUACGCAGAGGACAACUACGACGUGGAGAUGUAUGACUAUGAUGCUGAGAAAAAUCAGAAUGACACCAAACGGCCAUCGCGGCAGUCUAAUGGCGCGAGCAAUGGUGAGAACGGCCGCGCGAAUGCGGCUUCACGCAAAUCUCUGGGUGAUGAUGCCAAAGCUGGGUCGUCGCAGAAUGGUGGUGGUUCCAAGGAACAGACCUCCAGCGGUGGUGGCACAGGAACGCCGCAGGCGACCCAUGCAUCCUCCUCCUCCACCACCACCACUACCACCACCAACAACGCGUCGCAGCCAUCGAGGAAGCGCAAGGCUGGCAAUGCAGCAAACCAGCAAACCAAGGACACGGCGGCAUCGUCAACGAGGAAAACGGGCAAUUCGGCGCAGACCUCCUCGUCCGCCUCCUACCCCGAGUCAAAUGUGCUGACAUUUUCAAAUUGCAAGGCCCGCCCGCAGAACGGGCGGCUGGUGGCCGAUGAUGGGACGGUGUUGGAGGCAAAUGAUCAUGUGUACCUCGUCUGUGAGCCGCCUGGAGAGCCGUACUAUCUGGGGCGCAUCAUGGAGUUUCUGCACCCGCAGAAUGACACCUCCAAGCCGGUCGAUGCGCUGCGCAUCAAUUGGUUUUAUCGCCCCCGGGACAUCGGCCGCAAGGUGCACGACACGCGCAUUGUGUUCGCAACGAUGCACUCGGACAUCAGUCCCCUGACAGCACUCCGAGGAAAGUGUCAGAUCCGGCACAGGGUGGAGAUAAAAAACAUGGAUGAGUAUCGUCGCACGCCGGACAAUUUCUGGUUCGAAAAGCUCUACGACCGCUACAUCCAGAAAAACUACGACCUGAUCCCGACGUCGGGCAUUGUCAACGUGCCGGAAAAAGUAAAAAAGGUCCUCGACGAGCGCUGGAAGUUUGUCUUGGUUGAGCAGGGUCGAGGCAAAGAGCUGACUAGCGCCGUCAAGUCCUGCAAGAGAUGCACUGGCUACUGUGCAAGCAAUGACUCUGUCGAUUGUGCUGUCUGCCAGCAAACCUAUCAUAUGAACUGCGUGAAGCCGCCGCUCUUGAAAAAGCCUUCUCGAGGAUUUGCCUGGUCAUGUGCCGCCUGCAGCAGAGCUCAAGAGCGCAAACUUGAGGCUCGCCAUACGCCUAAUCUUGCCGUGGACGGCGACGAUGACGAGCUUAUGGAGGACGAUGAGGAUGACAUCCAAAUUGGUGGGACUGGGGGCACCACUCCUGCGGAGGAUGCCGAGCCUCAUCACCAAGGCACCGCCGAGCAAAUUUACCAGGCAAGCCUCUGGCCAUGGAGAUAUCUGGGCAUGCACUGCAAGCCCGAAGACGCUCUCGACUAUGAUGAUCGUAUCUACCCGCGCGCAAGCACCAGAAUUGGACCUCGUCACCAGGCCAACGUGGGGCCCUGGCCUGGACGAACUGUGCAGUACGUUAAACCACCCGAGACGAGGAGGGGCGGACGGAAAGACGCCAAAGCCAAUAGGGAGGCACAAGCUGCCCAGGCUGCCGAUUUGUACCCGGACGGUAAGCGUCCAAAAUGGGUUCAGGACAUGCCUCCUGGAUACACAUCUCGUGGAGAGGAUUACGUUGACCCUAACGACCCGAACGCAACAUCUGUUCUGCUCUGGAAGCCUCCAACAUCCGAAGAAACCGCCCAAAAAUCAUUAGAUUAUAUGGAGGAAGCAAAGGGACAAGCAGAUAAGCUUGGCCUUCCAAGACGGUCAACUAACUUGCAGGACAUUGCACUGAAUUGCUUGUUCAAAGACAAAUAUAAUCCUGAAAAGGCAAUGAAGGACCUUGCAUCGACUGAGAUCAAAUUGUUCAAGGAACCAUCCCCGUCCGCCAAUGAACUGAAGAAGUUCGAAGAGGCUGUUUCAAAAUACGGCUCAGAACUCCAUCUUGUCAUGAAGCACGUCAAAACAAUGACCCCUGGACAGGUGGUCCGGUUUUACUACACAUGGAAGAAAUCAGACCGCGGGAAGCCAGUAUGGGGCAGCUAUCCAGGACGGAAGGGCAAGAAGGAAGCCAAGAAAGCCGAGGCACUCACCAAGGUUGCGGACGAUGUCGCGCACGACGAUGACGACUCUGCGUUUGAUUCGAGAAAGGCAUCGGAGAAGAAGCGAUCCUUUAUGUGCCAGUUUUGCACAAGCACCAGCUCACGACGUUGGCGUCGUGCCCCAAAUGCCACUCCAGGCCUGGUGAACGAGAAUGGCCUCAAAUCCACAGGAAAGGACAAAGGUAGCCAGUACGUCAUUGCCUUGUGUUCUCGAUGUGCUGAGCUGUGGCGGCGGUAUGCUAUCCGGUGGGAGGACAUCGAUGAAGUAGCCAAGAAGGUUGCUCAGUCAGGAGGCAAAGCCUGGAAGCGCAAGCAAGACGAAGAGCUUCUGAAAGAGCUGCAGGCCGUGAAGGAAAUGGGCCUGCUUGCACCCGAACCUCCCCUGGCAAUCGCAAAUGGCACGCCAGCCGCUAACGGGGGUGAACCACCCCGUAAGAAGCUCAAGAGUGCCGCACCGGAAAAAGAAACCGACUCGGAUGGUGGAAGUACAUCUGGUGGUGUGGUUUCCAAAAAGAAGGAGAAGGCCUCAGAAAAGACCUCAGAAACGUCUCCCCUUCCUGAGAUGCCCAAACCCCGAACUCUUCCUUGCGCCAUUUGCGCCCAAAUCGAGCCGCUCGAUAACCAUCUCUCUUGCCGGGAGUGUCGCCUCCCUGUCCAUCAGAAAUGUUACGGUGUUCUUGAUACAGCGAAGUCCCUUAAUAAGUGGACGUGCGACAUGUGCACUAAUGAUAAGAACCCCCAGGUCUCUAUUCAAUACAAAUGCGUACUCUGCCCGGUGGAACUUACUGAACAUGAUUUUGUUGAGCAGCCGAAGCUCACUCAUCAUAAGAAGAAGAUGUCAGAGAAAGAUCGCGAACGAGAGAAGCUGGAAGUGCAGCAGGCUCGCAAAGCGGCAGAACAUUAUCGCAAAAAGCAAGAAGAGCUGAAUCGACCUGUCAACCCUCGUGAACCCUUGAAGCGGACGGCCGACAACAACUGGGUACACGUAACUUGUGCCGUAUGGACCCCGGAGGUCAGAUUCGGCAAUGCAAAAGCGUUGAUGCCUUCGGAAGGGAUACCCUCCAUCCCAAGAGCACGAUAUGACGAGACCUGCAGUGCUUGCAACGAGAAAGGCGGCGCCUGUGUUUCAUGUCAGCAAUGCCGCCUUUCCUUCCAUGUUGAGUGUGCUCGAAAGCAAGAUCACAUCCUUGGAUUUGAGAUCACGCCAGUUAAAAGCUCUAAGCGAGACCAACACAACAUCGUAUCUAUUCAAGGGGAGAGUGGGACUAUGACGGCAACCCUGUGGUGUAAAGACCACGGUUCGACCAAACCCGCCGUGCAUCAGAUGCACGAAGAGGUGGAUCCCAGCGACUCUAACGAGUCUCUGAACCUGCUCCAAUUCUAUGUGCAAAAUUAUAAGCAGGCAGACCUGACAUUGACUGGCACGGUGCGCAAGGCAAACCUGAUGACCACGGCAGCAAAGAUGUCGGGCACUCUAAUGCAACCAGGAGCUCGGAGAGCCUCGACCAUUCAACCCGUCAACGGGGGAACAUCGCAUGCCCGCAGCGGAGAAGGCGCUGUUUCCUCAACUGACACCCAACCUGCAGGGGAAAAGGUCUGUAUCAGUUGCGGUAUCGAUGUCAGUCCCAAGUGGUGGGCCACAAAUAUAUCACAAGAGCGAGAGCUCACAAAUGGUCACUAUGGCUCGUUGGGAGAUGAGGCAAAGAAGUUUGUGGAACAGAGGAAGUUCCAGUGCCACAAGUGUCGAAAGACGAAUCGCACACCCAAAACUCAUCACCCUCAGCCUACGUCGCUUGUCGCUGAGCCUGCUCGUCCUCCACCGGUCGAGUCAAGCUAUCCUAACUUGACCACUCCGUUGCGAAGCCCCGCGCCCUUGUACACGGAGAGCCGGGAUGUGCGAGCUCCCUAUCAUCAGGUUUGGUCUCAAUCUCCCCCGUCGCACCCAACGCAUCCUUUCGCCGCGCCCGCGCCCGGGCCUGGAGGUCGACUUGUUCGCAUUGGUGAUGCCAGACCCCCCCUCGCCCCUCCUGGCUACCCACCGCCGCCAUCUUCGUCAACUAUCCCGCCAGCAGGGCCUGUAGCACCGCCGCCUAUCCAGCCUCCUCGCGGCAUCUAUGGCGAUUGGGGUCCCCGACCGGGGAAUCCACCAGGACCCCCCUCGCAGCAUUUGAACAAUGGGCCUCCUCUGGCCGGCGGUCCACCUCUGAAUACAAUGUCCUCCUUACGACCUCCACCCAUGGCCGUAUCACCGCCACCUCCUCCCCCAGGACCUCUGCAUCAACCGGCGCCCCAUGGACAUGGAGCUCAGCCCUAUGUGAACGGUUUGCCACCGUCGCCACGCCGCAGCGCUGGCCCACCUCCGCAACCACAAUAUUCUACGCCCUAUGCCCCGGCGCCCGUACCUGGACCACCCCGUCACCAUGGACCUCCUCAUGGGCUGAGCAACGGGGUGCCGCCUCAUAGGCCAGAGCCAUACCAACCUGGCCUGACGCCUCCUAGACCACCAUUCUCUGGGCCGCAUGGUAGCCCACUCGGGGUAGGGCAUACCUUGCCCCCCCCUCAGGAGUCUGCUCCCGUUGGACAUCACCCGCCUAGGAAUGGGCCCGAGUCUCGACCAACAUCGGGGGCAAGUGCAAGUCCCUCUCUCCGCAAUCUGCUCUCUUAA